GAUGAAGUCCAUACUCUCUAAUCUGUGAUGAAGUCCUGAAAGUUGACGUGUCAUUGUUUACAAACAACAAGUUAAUAUAACUAAAUAUUUUGACUUGUUGUUUGGUUAAAAUUUAUUUAAGUCCGUGUAAUUUGUGUACAAAAUGUCGACCCAGUCAAUCGUAAUAGACCUUCGGUCAGAUACCGUAACAAAACCCACGGAAUCUAUGAAAGAAGCUAUGAUCACGGCUUCUUUGGGAGACGAUGUCUUCGGCGAAGAUCCAACUGUGAACGCGCUGCAGGCCAAAGUGGCGGAUAUACUCGAUAAAGAGGCUGCUCUUUUUGUACCCUCCGGCACUAUGGCCAACCUAAUUGCUGCAAUGGUGCACUGUUUCAAAAGGGGCUCAGAGAUGUUGUGUGGUGAUCAGUCGCACGUCUUUAAAAGAGAAGGUGGUAUUGCUGAUUUAGCUGGAGUUUAUGUGACUGGACUUAAAAAUCUCCCUGAUGGCACCUUUGAGUUGGACGACUUUGAGAAACACAUUCGAGGCUCCGAUGAUCAUGAGCCCAUUACUAUGAUGGUGUCUAUAGAGAAUACACAUUCAUACUGUGGAGGAAAGGUUAUUCCCCUCGAAUGGAUUCAGAAGCUGUCAGAAAUUGCCAAGAAGCGUUCUGUGGUUGUCCACAUGGACGGAGCACGACUGUUCAACGCGUCAGAGCAACUAGGUUUGCCGCCGUCACGGCUAGCGCGUGACUGCGACAGCGUAUCUAUUUGUCUUAGCAAGGGCCUGGGCGCCCCUGUCGGCUCUGUGCUGGCUGGCACUAGGAGGUUCAUCGAUCAAGCUCGCCGCUAUCGCAAGAUGCUAGGUGGAGGGAUGCGGCAGGCGGGAGUCCUCGCCGCCGCUGGUAUGGUCGCGCUGGAAGAAUCGGUACCCUUUUUGUCCCGAGAUCAUGGCCGCGCACAUUAUAUCGCUGAACAAAUCAAGAAUCUCAAACUUUCAACAUUCACAGUGGAGGACAUGGACGCUUCUCAAACCACUAACAUAGUGCAUGUUAAAAUAAAUGGUAAGGGUGACAUCACAAGUCGCAAAGUUACUGAGAGACUAGCACUCGUCAGUCAGUCUGAAACAAGCUGUAAAACUGCUGAUGGUCUUGGCAUUGUGGUGUUAGCAAGUGCUAAACCAGAUUCAAAAACAGUGAGAUUUGUUCUGCACCAUGAUGUGAAUGACUAUGACCUGAAACAUGCAGUCAAAAAGAUACAGUUGGUGUUGAUGGAAAUUGACAAGAAUAAAUGAAUUUAUUUCAUCAGUCAUAUCUAACUCCAACAAAAUGAAAUAAAUAUUGUAAGCAUUUUUGAUUACUUUGGUAUUUGCUUUUGAAGCAUAAUUUUAUUUAUUGUAAUAAGUUAUUAUUGUCUGUUGUUAGGUGCUAAAUGAAUGGAAAGUGUGCCUUCACUUUAAUUCAAAUCUAUUUGUAAGAAUCUCUCAAAAUGUUUGUUCAAAUUUACCCCUGGCUUCAGAAUUGAGAUUUUGAGCAUGCUCAUUUUCUACUGAUCUUAUCAUGUUAUGUUAA